AUGAAGCUCAAUAUCCCCCCAGCCCUCCUUCUUUCCUUCUCCGUUUUGUCGGCACUAGCUCUCGCCUCGCCGGUGCACAAGGUUGACGCUGCUGGCCUCCAAUCCCGCCCUGCGUCCAACCUUGAAGUCCGCGACGUCGCCAAGCUCCCCCUUAUCAAGAAGACCGGCAUUGAGGAGCCCUGUGAUGAGUUUGGUGUUCCCAUCGGUGGCAAGAAAGACGAUGGCAAGGAUGAUGGCAAGGACGAUGGCAAGCACGAUGGCAAGCACGAUGGCAAGCACGAUGGCAAGCACGAUGACAAGCACGAUGACAAGCACGACGAUGGCAAGGAGGAAGAUCACCAUGGUGGCCAGGAUGAUAAGGAAGAUGACGACAAGGAGGAAGAUCACCAUGGUUACCAGGACGAUAAGAAAGAUGACGACAAGGAUGACCAGCACCAGGGUGUAGCUGGUGGUCACGGCGGGUUCAAUGCCCAGUUUGAGUUCCAUGGCGAGGGGAAGGCCCAAGGGCAAUUUGGUGGUAUUGGCAAGGGUCAGGGUAAGGAGGAAGACAAGGGGGAGGAGAAGAAGGAUGAUGAUAAGAGUGACAAGGACGAGGGACAUGGCAAGGACGAGGGACAUGGUAAGGACGAGGGACAUGGUAAGGACGAGGGACAUGGUAAGGACGAGGGACAUGGUAAGGACGAGGGACAUGGUAAGGACGAGGGACAUGGUAAGGACGAGGGUCAUGGUCAGGAUGAGGGAGGCCAUGGAGGUGAGCAUACCGAGGUGUAUGGCAAGGAGCAUGAUGAGAAGCACUACGAUGAGGAGUAUGAUGAGAAACACUAUGAUGAGACUCAUAACGAGACGCAUUACGAUGAAGAGCAUGACAAGGAGCAGGGGGGAAAGCACGAUGAGGGCCAUGGACAGGGACAUGACGGGAAGGACGACGGCAAGGAUGAGGGAAAGGAUGAUGGCAAGGACGAUGGUAAAGACGAUGGCAAGGGACAGGGAGGCCUUGGGGGGCUCGGUCUCGGGGGAAUUGGCAAGGGAAAAGAUGAGGACUGCUGA